GCAAUCGCAAUGCAAACUACUAUUUACUUUCACUUUCCGAAAUUUGGAAGGUUCAGCUGUGACUGGUCUGUUGGAGGAAGGGCGCACGGAAUUGUUUUACCAGCCGACAGUUUUGUUGGCGAGCCAUGGAGCCAUAACAACGUCUGGAAAGGAGACUAAGAAGGUGCAAGAUGCCUGUGAGUUGCUUGCAAAAAUUACAUUUUAUUCUGUAGGGCAAUGUUUUACUUUAAUUUUGACGUAUAUGAACGUGUUUGUGCUAUUGUUUAGUAAUAUGAGUGAAAUCUAGACGAAUUUCUGUUGUGUAGUUAUUAUUUGCUGAGUGCCCGAACACAUUUUGAACACGUCACAUUGUAAAAUAUGUGAGGCUAUCAAAUGAAUGAAUUCCUUGUACAGUAAACACGAAAAGUAAUUCGUGUUUACUGGAAAUGGAAUUGUAAAAUCGUUACCAUCUUUAAAAUUGUGAACAGGGAAGUGGGGGAAUCGGGGAGUGGGGUAACCAAGAGUACAGGAAGUGGCAAUCUCGUUCCCGAGCCUGCGAUCCUCGGGAAGGAAUGUGAGGCUCUGGGAUAAUCCGUUUCAGGGAGGAAUCUGAUUGGCCGUUGAAAUGGAAUGCGUAGUUCAAUCUUAGCCAGGAUUCCUGGCUUCCGGCAACAGAUUAUCCCAGAUUAUUCCGACCUUAUCUAUUUUUAGCCCCCCUGUGCAAAAUUCCCUGGUUCCUAUGCUAGUGGGGUGGUGAAAUGUUAAAACAGGCUAACCAAAGGAAAUGAGGGGGAAAGAGGGAACAGCAAAUCAUGAACUGAGGGAUGUGGAAACUAGACUAUGGGGAGGGAAGAACUAGCUAGGGGAUGGUGAAUCAGGAAUAUCAAGGUCAUUCCAGAAAAUAUCCACAGUCCACACUCUCCCCACAGAGGAAUUUCUGCUGUUCUGAGGGGAGGGAAGAGAAACUUUUUUCUGAUAAUAGAAGUGUAUUUAUUUAGGACAUCAGAAAGGGGUUAACUUCCAAUUUUCUCCUUGAGUUGGGGGAGGUACGGAUGUUUUCUGGAAUGACCCAAUCAGAGAAACUUAGAAUAAGAAAUGAGAGAAAAAUAGAAAGUAACCUUUCUGCCAUUUUACUUUGGAAAAAUAGAAAGUAACCUUUCUGCCAUUUUACUUUGUUGGCAAACAUAUUAUGGCAUAUUCACAUUCACUAAUCCUUAAUAAUUAUUUAACAUAUUUUGCUUAAAAGUGUACAUUUUGCAAGUGUAACACAUCCAUUGUAGACAUUGUGCUGGGUACUAUUUUUGUCUCUUUAUUAUAAUAAUACUUAUUAAGAUCUUUUAAAAAAAUUUGUGUGCAACAUAUAUCAAUAAAAGUUUUUUGACAACAAAGUUUGCACUUUAUAUUUACCAAGAAUUUUAAAUAUGCAAUGUGAGUAAUUUUACAAUUUAAUUACUGUAAUUAAUAGUUUUUAUACUUAAAAAUAUUUUAAUUAGAUAUUGAUAUAAAGCCUGUGACAGUGGCAGAGAAAUACGCAUGGGGGUUAGCAUGCACGAUACUGUGAAUACAGACUAUUAUAAUAGUUUAAGAUACAACAGUGGUGUAGCCUAAGUCAAUUAUGGGGGCUCUGACAAGGAUGACAAAGUGGCGAAGUUGAUGUAUUUCUGCAAAUUUUGCAUCUUUUUGAAAUUGUGAUCUAUGCAAAACCUAACCCUCACUAUAAACCAACAACCCUAAUUGCCAGUAUAUAGCCGCAUCAAAGCAGACCUUGAACUUUGAGAGGUGCAAUUGCUCACCCCCACUUUGGCUUCCCUUUUUUCUCUAAAGAGAGUGAUUUUUCACGCACCUUAGGCCAUUUUAGUUGAAAAUUUGACAACAAAAUAUUUCCAGUUGAUCAGAGUUUUGAUGUACACAGCGAGAGAGGUUCUUGCAUAAAUUAAAGAGAUUGCACCUUAUACCUUCAACAGAUAUAAAGUGUUGACUGUUAGUAAUUUUGGUUGCUCAUAAUUUUAUAGUUGUACAAGGAUUUACUUCACUCAACUUUGAAAGAAGAGAAAAGGAAACAUAAAUUAAAGAGGCUUGUACAAUCACCCAACUCUUACUUCAUGGAUGUGAAGUGCCCAGGUAUGUGGUCUUGCAUGUGACUAAAAAGAUUUCCGAGGGAAGUAUAGCUGUUGCACCUCUAAUUCCACUAUGAUUUACUAUACUUUUGAUUUUAGAUGCAAAACAUGUAUAGAUCUGCCAACUUGUGUAUGAUAAAAUAUUGUUGGUUCUUUUACAUGCAACAGUUUCAAAUCAGAUCUUAACAAUAGAUCUAUAGCUAAUUUGACCUCUUGCUAUUAUCAUUGUCUACUGGCUACUAUAAUUCUACCACAGAUCAUAGUCAAUGACAAUGAGAGAUUUUAUCAUUACCUUUUUGAGAGGCCUGGAUCUCUAAGAUUUCUUUCAAAUAAUUAAGCCAUAUAUUUUGGAUAAUGUGUGUGUAAUCUAAUGGCUGCCAGUGUUAUGUUUUAGGAUGCUACAAGAUAAACCUUGUAUUUAGUCAUGCAUCGACAAGUCCUGUCCGGUGUCUCAGAUGUUCAGCUAUCUUGGGUUGGCCUACUGGAGGUAAAGUGAGAUUGAUAGAAGGUGGGUAUUUUGUUUCUUUUCAUUUACAAUGUAUUAGGCUGUAAGAGUGCACGGAAAUAUCUCUCCAAGAAUUGCAUAUUCAAAAUGGCUUACAGAAUAAUUAGCAGAUAGAUGCAGUGCCAGUCAGUGGUGAAUUCACUGAUUUUGUUUUUUCCUAUUUCUUUCAGGCAGUUCAUUCAGGAAGAAACAACAGUAAAUAGUCAUUUAAUAAAAAUUGUAAUAGAAUAUUAAUCACCAUCAGCUGGUUGUCUUUUUUAUGCUGCACACAACUUGAACUUCCAUCUGCCAAUGCGAAUGUAACCCUCACUCAUGACUCAGCCAAGAUAUCCGUUUCAGAGCAGAGACGCAAUUUAUUCGUCUGGACGUAUGCGUCUUGUAUAUCAAGACGGGACAAAUAAUCCAACGAAUGCACAAGACGCAUUAUGCGUCUAGACAAAUGAUAUCGACUGUGGCGUCUCUUCAGAGGAAGAACCGAACAUAGUAAGUUGUCUACAAUCCGUGGGAAAAAAUUUUCUUUUCAAACUUUGCCCCCCUCCCCCCUCUACAAUGUUGGUAAUUACAUAAUGAUAUGUUUUGCAAAUCCACUUCACCUGAACAGACAUUGUUAUGGGGGGGGGGGGGAGGGGGCACUCCAAGACAAAUAGUUGUUUCGAUUUAAAAAGUACUCAUUUUCAUUACAUGUCGUUAAAUUUGGAUAUAAAAAGUCUACGGAUAUUUUUUCCAAGAUUUUAGACGCAUAAUGGUCUUGUGCCGGCUAUUAGUAAAACACGGAGCAGUAGAAAAACCAGAAUCCUUUAUGAUAAAAUACAUUGUUUACUAUUACAAAUUUUUAGUGUUAUUAAUAAAGCUUUUUCGCGUUUUGCACGUUGGGGAAGUAAGAAAAUGGGGGUUUUAAAAAACACUUGUGAUUAUAUUUCAAACACGCCGCGCUGUGUUACUGAAUAGGAUUGUGAAACUCGACGAGUACUUGGCUAUUGGGCAAAUAGUGAUAGCCACGACUACUUGGCUAUAUAAAAGGGG